GCCUGAGCCAGAAUUGAUAAAAGCGGCUCUGGAGGAAAUUAGUGGAGAGGUCCAGAACCAGGAAGGCGGCACGCGGCGUCCAGGUGUGUUCUGUCGGGCGGUCAGCGCACCUGCGUGGGGAGGGGAGUUCCCGCGCGCCUCGUGAGGAUGGAGGACCACAGCGAGCAGAUGAGACCGCUCCUCACAGCUGGAAACGAGGAGGAGGCGGUCGUAGACCGGGGCAAAACCAGCUCCACCCUCCACACCAACUUUGAGAAGGAGGAGCUAGAAAGCCACCGGGCCGUGUACGUGGGCGUGCACGUGCCUCUGGGCCGGCAGGGCCGCAGGCGGCACCGUCACCGCGGGCACCGGCAUCACCGGAAGCGGCGGGAUCGCUCGGACCGGGACGACGGACGAGAGUCGCCCACUUACGACACGCCGUCUCAGAGGGUCCAGUUCAUCCUGGGGACCGAAGACGACGACGAAGAGCACAUCCCCCACGACCUGUUCACCGAGCUGGACGAGCUCGCCUUCAGAGACGGAGACAACCAGGAGUGGAAGGAGACGGCCAGGUGGCUGAAGUUCGAGGAGGACGUGGAGGACGGCGGCGAGCGCUGGAGUAAGCCGUACGUGGCCACGCUGUCCCUGCACAGCCUGUUCGAGCUGCGCUCCUGCAUCCUGAACGGAACCGUGCUGCUGGACAUGCGGGCCACCGGCAUCGAAGAGAUCGCAGACAUGGUGAUUGACGGCAUGCUGGCGUCGGGGCAGCUGGAGGAGGGCGUCAGAGAGAAAGUGCGGGAAGCCAUGCUGAGGCGCCACCACCACCAGAACGAGAAGAAGCUGAGUAACCGCAUCCCUCUGGUCCGCUCCUUCGCCGACAUAGGCAAGAAACACUCCGACUCCCACUUGCUGGAGCGAAACGGUCUGCUCGCCUCGCCGCAGUCGGCCCCCGGAAACCUGGACAGCAAACACGGGGAGGGUCGCAUCAACGGCGGCAGCUGUGAGAACAGCACUGUGGACUUCAGCAAGCAGGACGGCUGCUGUGUGUGUUUAUCGGCGGCUGGCGGGAAGCUCACAGUGGACAUGAACUUCAUGAAGAAGAUUCCUCCAGGAGCUGAAGCCUCCAACGUCCUGGUGGGCGAGGUGGACUUCCUGGAGCAUCCCAUCAUCGCCUUUGUCCGCCUGUCCCCCGCCGUGCUGCUGACCGGCCUCACAGAGGUCCCCGUGCCUACCAGGUUUCUGUUCCUGCUGCUUGGCCCGUUCGGAAAAGGUCCACAGUACCACGAGAUCGGGCGCUCCAUCGCCACGCUGAUGACAGACGAGGUCUUUCACGACGUGGCGUACAAGGCCAAAGACCGGAACGACCUCCUGUCCGGGAUCGACGAGUUUCUGGAUCAGGUGACCGUGCUCCCUCCGGGGGAGUGGGACCCCAGCAUCCGCAUCGAGCCCCCCAAGAACGUCCCGUCUCAGGAGAAGAGGAAGAUCCCGGCGCUGCCCAACGGCUCCACCCACAACUCUGAGGCGGUGAAGGAGGCGGAGCAUCACACGGGGCCGGAGCUCCAGAGGACGGGCAGGAUCUUCGGCGGUCUGGUUCUGGACGUUCGGAGGAAAGCUCCGUUCCUGUGGAGCGACGUCCGAGACGCCGUGAGUCUGCAGUGCCUGGCGUCCGUCCUCUUCCUGUACUGCGCCUGCAUGUCGCCGGUCAUCACCUUCGGGGGGCUGCUGGGGGAGGCCACCAAAGGGAACAUCAGCGCCAUCGAGUCUCUGUUCGGGGCGUCCAUGACGGGCGUGGCCUACUCCAUGUUUGCGGGUCAGCCUCUCACCAUCCUGGGCAGCACCGGCCCGGUUCUGGUGUUUGAGAAAAUCCUCUUCAAAAUCUGCAACGACUACCACCUGUCCUACCUGUCCAUGAGGACCGGCAUCGGGCUGUGGACCGCCUUCUUCUGCGUGGUGCUGGUCGCCACGGACGCCAGCUCGCUGGUCUGCUACAUCACGCGCUUCACUGAGGAGGCCUUCGCCGCGCUCAUCUGCAUCAUCUUCAUCUACGAGGCUCUGGAGAAGCUGCUGCACCUGAGCAGCGUCUACCCCAUCAACAUGGACAACCACCUGGACAACCUGACCUUCUACAGGUGUCAGUGCUCCGCCCCGCCCAACGCCUCGGAUGAAGUCCAGCAGGUGUGGAGAAGCAGGAACCUGACGGCGGACGGCGUCCUGUGGGAUCAGCUGAGCGUGGCGGACUGUCAGGGCCUCGGGGGCGUGUUCGUAGGCUCCGCCUGCGGCCUGGACCGCCCCUUCGUUCCCGACGUCCUCUUCUGGUCCGUCAUCCUCUUCUUCACCACCUUCUUCCUGUCCUCCUUCCUCAAGCAGUUCAAGACCAGGAGAUACUUCCCCACCAAGGUCCGAUCCUCCAUCAGCGACUUCGCCGUCUUCCUCACCAUCAUGGUCAUGGUGCUGGUGGACUACCUGGUGGGAGUUCCUUCACCGAAGCUCAACGUACCUGACCGCUUCCAGCCCACCUCCAGCUCUCGGGGAUGGUUCAUCUCGCCGCUGGGACCCAACCCGUGGUGGACGCUGCUGGUGGCGGCGCUGCCCGCUCUGCUCUGCACCAUCCUGGUCUUCAUGGACCAGCAGAUCACCGCCGUCAUCGUCAACCGGAAGGAGAACAAGCUGAAGAAGGGAUGCGGCUAUCACCUGGACCUGCUGGUGGUGGCGCUCAUGCUGGGCGUGUGCUCCGUCAUGGGGCUGCCGUGGUUCGUGGCGGCGACCGUGCUCUCCAUGUCCCACGUCAACAGCCUGAAGGUGGAGUCGGAGUGUGCGGCGCCCGGCGAGCAGCCCAAGUUCCUGGGCAUCAAGGAGCAGCGCGUGACGGGCUUCAUGAUCUUCUUCCUGAUGGGCUGCUCCGUCUUCAUGACGUCGGCGCUGAAGUUCAUCCCCAUGCCCGUCCUGUACGGCGUCUUCCUCUACAUGGGCGUGUCCUCGCUCAAAGGCAUCCAGCUGUUCGACCGGAUCAAGCUGUUCAGCAUGCCGCCCAAACACCAGCCGGACCUGAUCUACCUGCGCUACGUCCCGCUGUGGAAGGUGCACGUGUUCACCGCCGUGCAGCUCACCUGCCUCAUCCUGCUGUGGGUCAUCAAGGCCUCGGCCGCCGCCGUCAUCUUCCCCAUGAUGGUUCUGGCUCUGGUCUUCAUCCGGAAGCUUCUGGACUUCUGCUUCACCAAGAGAGAGCUGAGCUGGCUGGACGACCUGAUCCCGGAGAGCAAGAAGAAGAAGGACGACGACAAGAAGAAGAAGGAGAAGCAGGAGGCGGAGCAAAUGUUCGAGGAGGCGGAUGAGGAGCCGCCGGACGACCAGGAGAACGCCCUCAAGUUCCCCAAAGGAAAGUCGGAUCCGUCCGUGGUGAACAUCUCCGAUGAAAUGGCUAAAAGUGGGAUUUGGAAAUCCGUCUUCAAGAACUCUGAAGGCAGCAAAGCUCUGAAGCGCUGCAGCAGUCAGGAGAACCUCCAGAGUGUCCGGAUCAACGUGGAGAAUGAAGACGGUCAGAGAGUCGUAGACGCCGAGACGGCGCUAUGAUCCGCUGACGGCGGCUGAAGGACGAGGAGGCGGAGCCAAGCUCCCUAAUGGAACUAUUAGAUCAUCUUUAGAACCGACCAAUCAGAAUUCCUCUUGGAUCUCCGCCUCUUCUGUGGCGACUCUGAUGUUCUCAUCGUUUUAUGGUGAAAGACUCCGCUUCCAGGUGAACCGCAUCCGGGAAACGGCGUCCUCAGGUGACCUUGGUUUCCCUCACGCUGCCCCUCCCCCGUGCCACAGUGUGAUUGGUGGACUCUGAGCACAGCUGCAAGUUUAUAUGUCGUUUCCUUAAUGUCUGAUUUUAUUCUGAAAUGUUCAUUUCUGCCUUAAUGAGGAUCCAAUGAGCUCUGUUUUAAAUUGGUCUUUGUGUUCAGGUGUGUGCAGGUGCGUGCGUGUUCACGUGUGUGCGUGCGUGUGUGCGUGCGUGUGUGUGUGUGUGUGUGUGUGUGGGUGUGUGUGUG